GCGGGCGCCCUCGGGACGGGCCAGGUGGCGGCAGCGCCCGGGAGGUCGCGAGGGAGGAGGGAGCGGCCACGUCCCGUCCGCGCCCGGCCAGCACCGCUUCUCCGUUGCAGACACCCCCGGGGCCGUGGAUGGGGAGCGUGCGGCCACCAUGAGGGUCCCGGAGAAGUACUCGACGCUCCCGGCCGAGGACCGCAGCGUCCACAUCGUGAACAUUUGCGCCAUCGAGGACCUCGGCUACCUGCCGUCCGAGGGCACGCUGCUCAACUCUCUGUCCGUGGACCCUGAUGCUGAAUGCAAGUAUGGCCUAUACUUCAGAGACGGGAAACGCAAGGUGGACUACAUCCUGGUGUACCAUCACAAGAGAGCCUCAGGGAGCAGGACUCUGGCCAGGAGGGGACUUCACAAUGACAUGGCCCUGGGGGCCCGCAGUGUCAGGCAGGACCAACCCCUUCCUGGAAAGGGGAGCCCCGUGGAUUCGGGCUCACCCGAAGCCCCCAUGGAUUACCAUGAAGAUGACAAGCGCUUCAGACGGGAGGAAUACGAGGGCAACCUGUUGGAGGCAGGCCUGGAGCUGGAGCGUGAUGAGGACACCAAAAUCCAUGGUGUCGGGUUUGUGAAGAUCCACGCGCCCUGGCACGUGCUCUGCAGGGAGGCUGAGUUUUUGAAACUGAAGAUGCCCACAAAGAAGGUGUACCACAUCAGUGAGACCAGGGGCCUCCUGAAAACCAUCAACUCAGUACUACAGAAGAUCACAGACCCCAUCCAGCCCAAGGUGGCUGAGCACAGGCCGCAGACCACAAAGAGGCUGUCCUACCCCUUCUCCCGGGAGAAGCAGCACCUAUUCGACCUGACCGACAAAGACUCCUUUUUUGACAGCAAAACCCGGAGCACAAUAGUCUAUGAAAUCCUGAAGAGAACGACUUGCACGAAGGCCAAGUACAGCAUGGGGCAAGGAGAGGGAAGAAGGAAGGACUCUGCCCUUCUAAGUAAACGGCGGAAGUGUGGGAAAUACGGCAUUACCAGCCUUCUGGCCAAUGGCGUGUACUCAGCCGCGUACCCUCUGCACGAUGGAGACUAUGAGGGUGAUAACAUUGAGUUCAACGACAGGAAACUCCUGUAUGAGGAAUGGGCAAGCUACGGGGUCUUCUACAAGUACCAGCCCAUUGACCUGGUCAGGAAAUACUUUGGCGAGAAGGUUGGCCUGUACUUCGCCUGGCUUGGAGCCUACACCCAGAUGCUCAUCCCCGCCUCGAUUGUGGGUGUCAUCGUCUUUCUCUACGGAUGUGCCACGGUGGAUGAAAACAUCCCCAGCAUGGAGAUGUGUGACCAGAGACACAACAUCACCAUGUGUCCUCUGUGUGACAAGACCUGCAGCUACUGGAAAAUGAGCUCAGCCUGUGCCACGGCCCGCGCCAGUCACCUCUUUGACAACCCCGCCACCGUCUUCUUCUCUGUGUUUAUGGCCCUCUGGGCCGCCACCUUCAUGGAGCACUGGAAACGGAAGCAGAUGAGACUCAACUACCGCUGGGACCUCACAGGCUUUGAGGAGGAGGAGGAAGCUGUCAAGGACCAUCCCAGAGCAGAGUACGAAGCCAGAGUCUUAGAGAAGUCACUGAGAAAAGAAUCCAGAAAUAAAGAGACGGACAAGGUGAAGCUGACCUGGAGGGACAGAUUCCCAGCCUAUUUUACCAACCUUGUCUCCAUCAUCUUCAUGAUCGCAGUGACAUUUGCCAUCGUGCUGGGAGUUAUCAUCUAUAGAAUCUCCACAGCCGCAGCCUUGGCCAUGAACUCCUCCCCCUCUGUGCGGUCCAACAUCAGGGUCACAGUCACGGCCACCGCUGUCAUCAUCAACCUUGUGGUCAUCAUCCUGCUGGACGAAGUUUACGGCUGCAUUGCCAGGUGGCUCACCAAGAUUGAGGUCCCGAAGACAGAGAAGAGCUUCGAGGACAGGCUAACCUUCAAGGCCUUCCUGCUCAAGUUCGUGAACUCCUACACUCCCAUCUUUUACGUCGCCUUCUUCAAAGGCCGGUUUGUUGGACGGCCAGGCGACUAUGUGUACAUCUUCCGCUCUUUCCGGAUGGAGGAGUGUGCCCCGGGCGGCUGCCUCAUGGAGCUCUGCAUCCAGCUGAGCAUCAUCAUGCUGGGCAAGCAGCUGAUCCAGAACAAUCUCUUUGAGAUCGGCAUCCCGAAGAUGAAAAAGUUCAUCCGCUACCUGAAGCUGCGCCGGCAGAGCCCCACUGACCGCGAGGAAUCCGUGAAGCGGAAGCAGCGCUAUGAGGUGGACUUCAACCUUGAACCCUUCGCUGGCCUCACGCCCGAGUACAUGGAGAUGAUCAUUCAGUUCGGCUUUGUCACCCUGUUUGUCGCAUCCUUCCCUCUGGCUCCACUGUUUGCCCUGCUAAACAACAUCAUUGAGAUCCGCCUGGAUGCCAAAAAGUUUGUCACUGAGCUACGGAGGCCAGUAGCCAUCAGAGCCAAAGACAUUGGCAUCUGGUAUAACAUUCUCAGAGGAGUCGGGAAGCUGGCUGUCAUCAUCAAUGCCUUUGUGAUCUCCUUCACGUCUGACUUCAUCCCUCGCCUGGUAUACCUCUACAUGUACAGUCAGAACGGGACCAUGCAUGGCUUCGUCAACCACACGCUCUCCUCCUUCAACGUCAGUGACUUCCAGAAUGGCACAGCACCCAAUGACCCACUGGACCUGGGCUACGAGGUUCAGAUCUGCAGGUACAAAGAUUACCGUGAGCCCCCAUGGUCAGAACACAAAUACGACAUUUCCAAAGACUUCUGGGCCGUCCUGGCCGCCCGGCUGGCAUUUGUCAUUGUCUUCCAGAACCUGGUGAUGUUCAUGAGUGACUUCGUGGACUGGGUGAUCCCCGACAUCCCCAAAGACAUCAGCCAGCAGAUCCACAAGGAGAAGGUUCUUAUGGUGGAGCUGUUUAUGCGUGAGGAGCAGGGCAAGCAGCAGCUCCUGGACACGUGGAUGGAGAAGGAGAAGCCGAGGGACGUGCCUUGUAACAACCACAGCCCCACGGCCCGCCCCGAGGCAGGCGACGACAGCCCCGUCCCCAGCUACGAGUACCACGGGGGCGCGCUGUAGCCAUGAUGGCAGGCCAGCAGGCCAGCAGGCUUCUGACCAUCACCAAGUGACCACUUGGUUUCCUCCAGAGCCAGCACUUUUAGCCCCACCGGGGCCUGUGGCUCUUGUGUCGUCUGUACUCGUGGAGGGCCACUCAUUCAACAACGGUCUUCGUUCUUUC